AUGAGCCUGAAUGUGAAAGAACUACAACAAAAAUCAAGAAAAAAGCACAAAGUAUUGGGUUUUCGUCAUUUAUUGAUGAAAAAGAAGCCAUGAAGAAUUCGCUAUAUCAGUGACUCGCUUCCAAAAAGUUGGAUACGUGCUUUGGCGUGUUAUAUCAAAAUGGCUUUGAUGAUUUGGAAUGUAUAUUUGAACAAAUGAGGUCAGAAAUGCCGCUGAAUAAUGAAGUUUUGACUAUCAUUGGGAUUCAUAAGCCAGGCUACCGAUAUCGGCUUUUGGCAUGACUUGAAGAGGACUGCAAAAAGCCGCUUUCGAACCUGAACAAUAAAAACUCCUUACUCCCCCCCCCCCUCCGUGAGCGAACAAAACCAUUAGAAAAAUCGCCAUUUUUUGACAAAAAACCCACCCUCCGUGAGUGAACAAAAAUUUUUUUAAUAGAAAAAAUUUUAAUGGAAAAAAAAUUUUGAUAUAUAAGUGAUAAUUAGUAUAAUGAAAUCUAGAGCUAAUUCUGUUUAAUUUUAAACAAAUUGCGUUUUAAAACAUAAAUUUUGCAAAUUAAAUUAAUAUUUGCUUCCCAAUUUUUUGCAAAUUAGGAUUUUUUAAAUUUCGAAAAAAAAUAUUUUUUAUAAAAUUUAUAUAUAAAUUUUUUUUAAAAAAAAAAAUUAACCCCCCUCCGUGAGCGAACAAAAUUUUUUUGUUCGCUCACGGAGGGGGGGGGAGUUAG